AUGGCCCCUGAGGCCGAUUCCGACCCCGACCCCUCCGCUCCUCGAGCCCCCCAGGCCGAGCCUCACGACCUCAACUGCCUGACGAUCUCUGAACUUGAGUCCCUCGCCUAUGAACGGAUGGACAAGCAGACGCGAGACUACUACAACGAGGGCGCCGACUGCGGGAGCACCCUCUCAGAGAAUAUCUCGGCGUACGAGAAAUACCGCAUCCGACCCAGGGUAUUACGAGAUAUCUCGCAGAUCGAUACGACGGUCCAGGUAUUCGGACACAAGAACAGCUCGCCCUUCGGGGUCGCGCCAACGGCAAUGCAACGGCUGGCACAUUCUGACGGAGAAGUGGCAACGGCACGAGCCUGUCGCUCCCGGGGCAUCGUCAUGGGCCUCUCCUCCUUCGCGACCAGCACACUCGAAGACGUCGCCGAGGCCUGCGGGGACAAUCCCCACGUCCUGCAACUGUACCUGUUCGAAGAGCGCGAGCACUCUCUCAAGCUCAUCGACCGCGCCAAAAAGGCCGGCUACAAGGCCGUGCUCCUGACGGUCGACACACCGAUGCUCGGCCGCCGCAAUCUCGAGAUCCGGAACCAGUUCAAGCUGCCCGCCCACCUCUCCAUCGCCAAUUUCGCGGAACAGGACGAGGACACCGACACGGCGGUGGGGAAGGGGCAUAGCAGAACAACCACCCCGACCGACGAGAAGAAAACCCCGUCCUCGCGCCGCCCGAAGAUGCCCCGUCAACGCCGUCCCAGCACGGCAGGCUACCACGACGGUCAACGGCGCAUCCCCCCGAGCGGGCCCAUCACGUUCCACACGCACGCCGCCAACCCAACCCUGUCGUGGGACGAGUCCAUCCCGUGGCUGAAGGACGUGUGUGGUCCCGAGAUGGAGGUCUGGGUCAAGGGCAUCGCGACGGCCGAGGAUGCCUCGCUCGCGGUGCGUCACGGCUGCGACGGCAUCGUGGUCUCGAACCACGGCGGGCGCCAACUCAACGGCGCGCUGGCGACGCUCGACGCGCUGCCCGAAGUCGUGGCCGCGGUCCAGCAACGCGUGCCCGUCCACGUCGACGGCGGCAUCCGGCACGGCACCGACAUCUUCAAGGCGCUGGCCCUGGGCGCCGACUUCUGCUGGGUCGGCCGCCCGAUCCUCUGGGGCUUGGCCUACAAGGGACAGGAGGGCGUCGAGCUGUGUCUGAGACUGCUGAGUGACGAGUUCAGACUGUGUAUGGGCUUGGCCGGCGUGACGAACGUCAAGGACAUUACGAGGGAUUACCUCUGCCGGAUCGAUCGGGACGGGUUUGCGAGUCGGCUAUAA